CCCAUGUUGUUUGUGCAGCAUAUUGCAAUGUGCCUAACCCCGCCUUUACUACAUUGCACUGGCUGGAGUACCUGCUGGUCUCAAACGUCAUGAGGCUUCAGUUAUAAGUGCAGACAAUAGAUAAUUUCAUUGCUCAUUUUUAUAUAGGAGUGUAACGUCUUCAGAGAGAAAGAGAGUGAGAGGCACACAGACUGAAAGAUGUUCUAUUCAGGUAUCCUCACCGAGCCUAGUCGGAAGGAAGUGGAGAUGAGGGAAGCUGCAUCUCUCCGACAACAGAGGAGAAUGAAGCAGGCAGUGCAGUUUAUUCACAAGGAUUCAGCUGAUCUGUUACCUCUGGAUGGACUGAAGAAACUGGGGACUUCCAAAGACACUCCACAUAACAUUCUGCAAAGACGCUUAAUGGAGACAAAUUUAUCAAAAUUACGAAACAACCGAGGGACAUGGACUCCAAAGAAUGACAUCUCAGCACAGACCAAUAAGCUGAAUCAAACCAAGCCAGACAACCCAAAGAAAAAGGAGGAAGAAGACUUAAUAUUAGUGUGCUGUCAGUGUGCUGGAAAGGACUUGAAAGCUGUGAUUGACACCAGUUGUCAGUAUAAUCUCAUAUCGUCUGCAUGUGUGGAUAGGCUGGGGUUAAAGGAGCAUAUCAAAACAUACAAGACUGAAGGAGAGAAGAUUUCAUUACCACGCAAUAUGAAAGUGAUUGGCCAGAUAGAGCAUUUAGCUGUUACAGUGGGAACUAUCCACGUGGACUGUUCUGCAGUUGUCACAGCAGAAGACAAUGAGAAAAACUUUUCCCUUGGGCUCCAGACCUUGAAAUCUCUGAAGUGUGUCAUAAAUAUGGAAAAGCAUCACCUUGUACUGGGGAAGACAGAGAGAGAAGAAAUUCCAUUUGUUGAUAAUAACAUCUCCACAAAUGGAGAGGACUCUUCUGAGGAAUAAAGAUUGAAACACCCACAAAUGAGAAACCCUGACAUCGAAGAAAAACUGCACAGCUGCUCCACAUGAAAUAGCAACGUGUAUCAUGGAUAACACCUAUGCUAGGCUACAGCUGUAAAGCUAAAUUCAAUCAUAUUCCGUAGCCAGUAACUUAGCAAUGUUGUCUUGUUUUUGAGAUAGAAACAUAUGCUUAUUUUCUAGACUCGAAUAUAGUGCACCACUGAUUAUGAAUGGUUUGACAAACCUGAUGAGUUUACUCUAACGAUGAGAAUAGUACUUUUUAUAGCAAACACAAUUAUUUCAUUUGAGGCUAUCUGUGAUUAGAAGCUACCAGAAUUAGAUUUUUACUAAUGAUUUUUUCAAUAGCUACUAUUUAUAUUCACUAAAUUGACACCACCAGGUUUAAAUAGCCAUAAAAGGAAGCCACUCAUAUUAAAAUAUCAACAUGAAUACCACAUAUUGGUAAAAAAAAAUGACCCUAGUAGCCAUAACGUUAUUGCCAUGUUAUUAAGGAUGUGACUGUGGAGUCUAUGAGAAGAACAAUCAUAUGAUUAUUCACUGAUCAAAUUUGUCUUCAGGACUUCUAUUUACCAGAAGACUAUGACCAGAACUAUUCAUAGUUCAAUAACAGCAAUUAUCAAAAAUUCUCCAUCCUGCUAGAUUUGUAUGUUGAGUCACAAGCACAAAGUUUUACAGUUUAAAAAGCAGCCGUGAUGCUGAUAGACAAUUUGGCCUACUAGAUUCAGUCGUGAACCAAGCCUUAGUGGUGUAGGACAUUGUGAUCCAAAUUCACUCUGAGCGCCUUUACUUGUCUCCCCACCCAAGUGCUACUCCCUGAGCCUAUGCCAGCAUAACAGCUCUAGCUUGAGCUUGAAACUACCCUUGGAGCACCAGCAGUUAGAUAGCUGGGUGGACUUUAAACUCCUAUACUUCAGCAUCAUUAUCUUUAAUGCACUACUUUUAUAUCUAUCUGCAAAUUCCCCAGGAAGUCUUAAAGUGCAAGACCAAACCUGAUCCCCCUGAAGGAAACUGGGAGUUUUCAUUGGGACCAGCAUUUGGCCUUUUUUGCUAUCUUAUUUUAAUGAUGAUGCCACUACUUCACAGAGAGCCUACCUGUAUAACAAAAGAAAUCCACUGCACCACUUGAAAGAAUCUGACCUUUUACAAAAAGAAAAGGAGGACUUGUGGCACCUCAGAGACUAACAAAUUUAUUUGAGCAGAAGCUUUCGUGAGCUACAGCUCACUUCAUCGGAUGCAUUUUACAAUGAUCCUCUAUAUGUUUUUAAAGGCUAAUGGGAAUUAUUUACUAUCACCAGCUGAGGGGCUUCUUUCAAAGCUAAGAACUUUGCUAGCCAAUCAAGUCAGCUAAUAUCCUUCCUUAUGUUAUUGAGUCAGAGUGUUUGGCAUAACAGGUGUCAACACAGCUAGAUUUUCAAAGAGGCUCUUUGUACUGCUUCUUAUGCUGUGUAACCAUGGGGCUGAAUCCUGCAGCCAUUACUAAGCCUAACUCAGGUACCAAAAGCACUUAGGUACCAAUUCAGCAAGGUACUUAAGCAUGUACUUAAUUUAAACAUGCGUUAGUCCUACUGAAAUCAAUUAGACUACUCAUGUACUUAAAGAUACAUGUGCUUAUUAAGUUCUUUGCCUGAUCAGGGUUUCAGCUGGUAAAAUCCUGCUAGACUUAGUUUCUGCAGCACCCACUGAACUCAAAUGGGACUCAGCACCAGUUAGGAAUUGGCCUAGUGGGAAUUUUGUUGGAAUAAGGACUAAGGGCUCUCCUUGACUUCAUUGGGAAUUAGAUCAGGCUCAGAGCAUGACCUGCAGAGUUUGACCCAUGGUAUAGGUUUGUCCUGAGUUUAGGGGAUCUGUUCACAAUAACAUUGAUCGCUGUAUACUGCUGUCCUAUGACUACAAUAGCAGGUCUAACUUUACCACAUGGGUGCCUGUAUUUUACCAACUUGGAGCUUGGUCUCUUGCAGUGGAUUUGAAACUAUCCAUUUUUAGUCUUGGGUAUUUAUACUGCUAUCAAAUUUGGAUUAUUAGUGUUUUGGGCUAUUUUCUAUUUCAGUGAUAUGGUGCAGUACUCUCAGGGCCGUCCUUAGGCAUACGCAGCUGUGUAGAGCACCUGAAAAUUUGGGGCACCACUGGGUCUUAAUGUCCACCCUUCUUGCUUUUCUAUCCCUGUUCUGACCCUUCAGGCAGGCUCCCACAGCUGGCUGCUGCAGCCUGGUGAGUCUUCCUCAGGAGGAGAUCUAGCAGUUAAAAGUGAAAAAGCCUUCCAGCCUGCCAGACCUAUUAGCACAACACUGAAACUGUUAAAGAGCCAUUCAAGGGGUAAUGAAGCCUUUUAUCAGGCACUUGACAACCCCCAGUUUCUGAAUUUACUGACAAAAACAGUUGUGCUUUACUGUAAUAUUUACUCAGAACAUGUUAGUCUACAGGAUCUUAGUUUAAAAUGUGCUUUAAAAAUAUUUCAUUAGUGAGUUGGUGAAGAUUAUAAAAUCACAUCUCUAAAAAAAUCCUUGCACAGAUUUUUUAGAUGCACAAUCAUCUUUAGCCUUAAAUGCUUGGAUCUUCAGACAUACCGUUUUUUAAAUAAAUCCUUCAAAAGACCACCCUUAUCUAAAAUACACAUUUUAAUUACUAUAGUAAAAAAACCUUGCUUCCAAAGUUUUCCUGUCCUUUCUGUCCAUCCCUUUCUCCCUUCAUCCCUUCUCCCCCCAACCCCCAUUGAAGAAAGCCCUUAAAGGGACAACACCCCUUUCCUUCCAGAUAGCUGGACAAAGAGUUUUCCUUUCUUUAGUUCUGGCUAUCUGAUGAACUAGUUUUAGGGUGACCAGACAGCAAGUGUGAAAAAUCGGGACAGGGGGUGGGGGGUAAUAGGAGCCUACAUAAGAAAAAGACCCCAAAAUUGGGACUGUCCCUAUAAAAUCAGGACAUCUGGUCACCCUAACUAGUUUUAAGAAAACCCUCCAGCAAAAUCAGUACCUUAGUAAGAUAUAAAAUCAUUUGUUAUGCCUAAAAUCUUUAGAAACAUAUUUUUUAAAAUUGGUGAAAUUUCAUAAACAUGUCUAUUGUUAUGGAGAUCACACAAAGUAAAUUAGUGUUCCCUUUUUCUAAAAGCAAUGAACAUUGUAAUGAACACACUAAACUUCUGUGACUGAUUAAUUUAAAAUAAUAUCUUUAUUUCAGUGAGUUAAAUAUAUAGUAAUCUGGAAUGAUUACUUUAUGAAGGCUUGAGAGUACAUUUAAAAUAUAAAAUCAGCUUAGAAAUACUGAUUAAGAAAAUGUAAAACAGAGAAGAGUUGCAUCAUGUAUUCCAUAAUAUUUAAUGUUGUAUUCAGCAAAGCAGCUGGCUCACCCUCACUACGAAGAUUUUGCAAAUAAAUGUCUGACAAACUUCAGGGCAUAUCAAAAAACCUGUGACUGACAUUUUUUAUUCCCAAGUUUAGUGCUUUUAAUUAGGUAUCUUCUGCAUAUCCAUUCUGUGUGAGGGAGAAGGUACAGGGGUCUCUGCAGGGAACUCCGACUGUCCGCCACUGAGGUGGGCCAGGCGUCUCGUUAUCCUUUGCUGCCUCGUCCUUCCUCCCCCUUCUCCCCCCAGGGCUGCGAGCUCAGGCUGCUGUCGGGCAUAGGGGCACCAGUUUAAUAAUACUGAGUAGGGCCCCAUAAAUCCUAAAGACGGCCCUGAGUACUCUCCUGUACAUACAGUAUUUUAUAUAAGACCGCUCAAUAUAUAGGAGAGUUGGACUGCACUGUAUGAUUCUGCCAAUGUGUUGUACAAAUGUCUUUCACUAAAUAGGGAAUAUAUUUGAUGAAACGUAUAUGCCAUGAGUUUUGUAUUUUGGUACUUUAUUCUUUCUGUGUUUGUUACUGUGCCAAAUGUCGAAUUAAAGUCUAAAUAAAGUUUAAGCUGCUAUUACAGUUUAUUUGGUUGUGCCCUGAAUACUCCAGUGAUCUGUUUUUACAAGACUUACACUUGCAGCCAUUGAAAAUAUGUAAUAGGUUUCUGGCCUGAAUAAUCUAAAAAGUAGUUUUGUAAAUCUUCCUGGAAUUUAUUCUCUGCAGUAGUGACAUGAGUCAUUUACCCUGUUAACAGGACAUGAGUCCCUUUGUGAUUGUUUGCUUCCAAAUGUGCUAAAUAGCAUGCAGCAUAUUGUUGUAAAGUAACAAUGUUGGAACUUUAUCUUAUUUCGCUGUAUAUCAGAUUGCAAUAAGAUCUUUGAAAUGAA